AACUCGUCGGAUUCGUUGCGUAUCAUAGGUUCGCGAAUUUCACCCUAAAGCUCGUACAAUUAAAAUCGAAAAAGCAGAAAGAAACAAGCAAAAUGCGGUGCGGCUUUAAGAAAUAAGUUGUUGAAUCUUUUUGAAAUAAAAAGUGUACAGAGCACAGCGACAAAGUGAGAAAUAUAUCUCAGAGUGCAGUAAAUACAAUAAAACUUACAACAAAAUGUCGACAGUUGUGGAACAGGCGGCCACACCGAAAGCGGCAGAAACCACCCACACAUCAGCCCCGUCGGCUGCAUCCACAGCUGCCACGCCCCCCCGCAACGGCGGCCACUUCCGCCCCCCGGCGACGGAAAUUGAACAGCUGCAGCAGGCGUUAAUCGAAAAGCAGACGCAGCUCUUCGCCUUGGAGUCGGCCUGUCUGCGGGAGAGCGAGCGGCAGGUGGAGCUCGAGGACAGCGUGAUCGCGUGGCAGGACAAGUACGAUCGGCUCUACGAGUCGCACAAGCGGGUGCAGAAGGUCAACCAGAGCCUGGAGGACAAGAUGCUCAAGCUGGUCGACCGGAACGCCGGCGAGCGGGCCCAGCUGACCAGCGAUGUGGCCACUCUGAGUGUCCGGCUCGCCCAGGCCAACUUCAACAUCGCCAAGCUGCAGAGGGAAAUCGAACGCUACAAGGCCGACAUUAGCCUGGCCAUCCAAUUGCUGCAGUGCAAGCCGGAUAGUUUCGUGUCCCAAAAAGUGUCCUCGCUACCCAUUGAUAUCCAAUCGAAGGUGUCGGCGUACAUGCGACUGGAGACGAACUCCCACUCCGACUCCGAGUGCAGCAACAGCGGAGUGGGCGUGGCCACCACAGCUUCCUACAAAGUGCUUCCGGCCUCCGACUCGCCGCCCCCCUCCGCCUGCCCCUUCCCGCCCACGGCCAUGGUUUACUCGAUGCGGGGAAUCGGUAGGUAUGCCGCCAACGGGAAUGCGGUCGCAAGUCCUCAGCAGCAGUCAACUCAGCCCACAAGCAACACCAAGGACACCAUUAGCAACAACAACAAUAACAACAACAACAGCACGAGCAGCAACAACAAAUGCAGCAAUCAGAGCAACGGAAGCAUCAGCAACAAUAAUAACAAUGCAACCAAUCCCGACAUGAUUUCGCCCACCAUAAUGGCCAAGUUUCUGGAGGACGAGCUGAAGGCGAACGAGGUGAAGCACUGCGACACGUGCCAGUGCAGCAAGCAGGACCUGCAGGUCCUGGCGGACGUGUCCCGUUCCUACUCGGUGGCCACCCAGACGCCCCACCAGCUGCAGCUCCAGGGAUCGGGACUCAACGAGCCUCUCACCCAACUCUGCCUGAGGUGCCACAGCAAUCUGAACUCCCCGUCGCGGACCAACAGUCCGUAUCUGAUGAAGAUGGUCAAGUCCAGCGACUCCGUCAUCUCGGAGACCAAGAGCUCCGUCUCGGACCUCAACGACAUGGACAAGCUGUUCACUCCGGCCAAGAAGGACGACCUGAUGGUGAACCCCAUUCUGGGUCACCACCGCCUCUGCGAAAGGACCUCGAUUGCCGGUCAGAACGCGGACUAUGCCAACGGGAAGCUGACCACCUCCACGAUGAUGUACCCGACCACCCACUUGGGCGCCUAUGCCGCCGAGAAGUAUCUCCUGGAGACCAGCAAUCUCGGCCAGCUGAGGAACGGCUACCAGAGGAGGUUCAUCGAUGGCGGAGGCACCGCCCUGCAGCUCCUCAACAAGUACGAAGCCAGUGCGGUGGGAGUGGUCCCCGAUGAGCUGGAGGACGAGUCCAGCAAGCCCCUGCUGUCCGGAGUCUCGCAGCCAAGUCUCCUGGAAGCGGAGCAGGCUCCUCCCCAGCAAACAGUGGCUCCCGUGAAGCUGGAGGAUGUCUGCGAACCGGCGCCCAGCAAGCCAGUUGCUCCGGCGGCUCCUCCAGGCAAUCCCGCUCCUGCCGCGCCAUCGGGAACCCAGCUGAAGUCCACGAACUCCGGAAGCGUCCAGAGCCUGUGGAGCAACAAGACCAGCAGCUGCGAGGGGGCCAAGAUGUUCGAGACCUUCAACAGGAACCUCAUAAAAACGAUCAAGGCGGAGAACCCGAAGUACCGAGGACCGCGCCUGUGCGCCAUGCGGAUCCAGCAGAACGGGCAGAGCAACAUCCUGCUGGACAACCUGGAGUCCAUCGAGACCUACACGCCGGUGAUCUACAAGCGGCGGGAGAAGCUGCUGGACGAGGAGCUCAACGACGGCAAGGACAUCAUCACCAGCAAGGAGAGCAACGCGCAGUCGGCGGUGGAGGCCUGGCAAGGACCCGCCAAUCCGCACGAGAACGUGGCCCUGCAGCCCGUGCUGGAGCCCCAGGUGGAGUCCCCCAGUCCCGAGGUCGACCAGUCGGCGGAGGUGAAGCCCUGCGAGGCGACUCCGAAUCCCGGAGUGAACUCGCCCAAGCACUCGGCGAACUCGAGUUCGCUGAGCGACGCCAUCGACUACCAGGAAAGUGUCCUUCUGCGGCGCCAGCAGCUCAGCCGAGUGGCGGAGUGGGUGCAGCACAACACGCAGCAGCUGGAGCAGCGCAACCUGCAGCAGGCGCCGCCCACCAGCGACUCGAACUCGGGAACGGAGCGCCAGUCCUCGUACUCCACGCUCGACCGCAUGGACUCCAUCUCCAUCGAGAAGCUCUCCAUGGACUCGGGCUACAAGACCACGCCGCAGCAGCUGACCAACGGCUAUCCGGAGAAGUCCACCGAGGACUCCCUGUCCCCCAAGACGGACAUCACCAGCAACUCUCUGCCAGAGAAUCCAAUGGGAAGCACUGCGGUUCCGCCCAAGAAGGCGGAGAUGUGCACGACCUACUACAGGAGGACCACCAGGUCGGGACUGCCGGUGGCGUACACCACCAUCUCGGGGACACCGCCGAACGACCAGACCAGCCCCGCCGGGGAGUCCACGUCCUCGGGGUCGGAGGCGCUCGUCUGCCCGGAACAGCCCACGUGUGAUAUCCUGAACUACAAGUACUACCCCAAUGACACGGACAAGACGCGCUCCGUGCAGGCGGAGCUGCACACGACCACCCAGCACGUGGACAUCGCCCAGAUGGAGUACAACGUCAAGCAGUUUCUCCUCAAGCAGAACGAGUGGUCCAUGAACGGCGGCCACGGAUCGGCGAAUCCCGGCGUGAUUCAGGCCUCUGGAUCCGCCACUCGCCUGCUGCAGCGCAGGAUUCUGGGUCCCGGAGUGGGGGAACGGGUGCGGAUGGCCACGCCCGGCGGAGCCGUGGCCACCAAGAGCAGCACCCAGUCGUCCGCCGCCGGAGUCCUGCCACCCCACAGAACUGAAACGAAUUUAUAAGCAACCGGGGUCACGGAACUCGCCACGCACUCGAGGAGGAAACCAAAACCAAACUGUAUUCUAGUCUAGUUUUGCUACCUUUAGUUCGUAUCUCCGCAUUCUACAAGUCGAUAUAGCAGCGCUUAAGUUGGGCGACGGGUUCCCAGAAGCCAGGAAGCCAAGGACACAUGCUAAUAGCAAUGAUACUAUACAUAUGUACGAUAAAUGUAAUACUUACACCACAAUCUACGAUCUAAGCUAGCUAAAGUUGCUUUGGAGCUACACUACUUAGGAUGAUAAUCUGAACAAUCGGGGGAGAAAUAUCUGGGGCGUUGGUUUAUUGGUUCUUUAACUGGAUUUAUAACUUGUGUUACUUUGCAAUUAUAAUUAAAUUUCUAUUCUAUUAACUUUCUUAAUCCAACAUUCCAACAUCAUCAUUCUUAAAAUUGUGAUUUAAAUUUAUGAAUUUGAUUUAUAGUAUCUAUGAUAUUGUCUCAAAAUGUCUUCCCUUAAUUCAAUUUUUUUUUACUUUCCAUUGAAAACCAACGCCCCAAAGGCACCCCAGCAAUCGCAGCUAAAACCAAAAGCAAAUCUAAGACAUAUGAUAUGGUUACUCUUACGAUAUAACUGAAAUUAUACACAUAAACUAAAUCGCGUAACUUUUUGAUGUCUGCAUGUUAAUAUAACCCACAAGAAUUCGAAAAUUUACCCAAACCCAAACCAAGCUUAGGUUACAACGGAUAUACAUAAAUUAUAUUUAUAGGGAUAUACAGAUAAUUACGCUAUGGACGAUUGAUAUUUGAUAAGCGCUUUAUAUUUUCUAGAUUCCGAUUGUGCAAUAUUUUUUGGUAGUGUGAGGAGCGGAAGUGGAUUUUUAUUUUUAUAAAAGCGACCAAAAACGAGGGGAGAGUUUCAGACCUUUGAUUUGUUUUCGAUUCGAUUCGAUUCGAGCCUUUUGUCCAGCAGCAGAAGCUUAGCGCUAAGCUUUGUAGCCAACCCGAUCAGUAUAUCGAAACUAUAUAUACAAGUAUUGUACCUUUUUGCCGGAAAAAAACUGUACUCAUUCCUGCCUAUUAGAUGACCUUUAUAUAGAGAACUGUAAUCCUCUGCUAACUGCUAAAUCAAAGACACUAUAUAUUAGCCACGCUAUAUACACGUUCAUCCAGAAACAGAAUCAGAAACAGAAUCAGAAACGGAAACGGAAACGGAAACCAAAUACAGACACGGACACACUUGCAUUGUAAACGUAUCUGAACAGACAUAUGAUUGUAAUACCCACAUAUAUUUACAUCUAUAUAUACAUAAACAUAACAUAUAUAUUCACCUAUUCGUGUAUACCCGACCCACAAGACACAGAAAACAUUGAACGGCUUCAGAAGAACGAACCAAGUACUUUCUAUCCAAAGUAACCCCACACCAAUCAAAAUUAUAUUGAAUGCCUCGAUAUUUACUCGAUAUUUACACCCGUGUACGGCUGCUAUCUAUAUCUCUAUAUCUCGAUUACUUUACCACGUACAUAUACACUGAGCGAAAUGCCAGAGCAAAUGCUUUAAGACACUGUUAUGUUUGGCCAACUUAUACGAACGUUUACUUAGCAUAAAUUCCACUUCGUGUAGGGAAGGAGGUCCCGGCUAUAUUUGCAUACUAUAGUUACGGGGAUCCACUCCACAGAUCCCCCGCCUGUUACGCACUAUCCUACGAAACUAUCGAACAAAUCAAAAGUCUUAUUAAGUUCAUGUACCAAUCUCGAAAAAGACUCUACUUGGAUAAGUACUAAAUCGAUUCCGAUAAUCACAUAAUCACUCUUGCUCCCUCACCUGUAACUCACUGCUCAACGAUCCGAUUUUCAGCAUUACAAAUUUAUCAAAAGUAUCCCUUCAGUCAAUAGAACACUGCCCCAAAUCCCAAUCACUGCCCCAGUUUCCCUUCUUCCCUCUAAGAAACCCAAACUAACUUUAAGUAGAACCAUUCUCCAGCUCAAACCCAAAAUUACUUAAGGCAGCCCACGAGCCCCAGAACCUUAGCUAAAGAAUAACUAAAACACAAAAGCGAAAACUGAAAUGGAAUUUCAACAAAAAAAUCAAAGUAUAUGGAAACUAGCUUAAAUAUUUGGGCAAAAGUUCAACUCCAGCUGCGACACCUAGUUUAAAUUGGAAGCCUUCGUUCUCUCGCCUAAGUUCGAAACACUUCAGAUACUUAGCCUUAUAUGAAUGUGUAUGAAUGUACAUUUACCGCGUCUCGGUUGAAGUAACCAUUUUGAGCUAUUGAACCACCUUAAUGUGAAACAAAACAAAGAUAAACCAAAAACAUCUCGAGAAUAAUAAACCAAGAAAACAAAUGGAAGUAAUUCAAAUAAAUAUGAGAUAAUUUUUGAAUAA